ACAGACCAGCUUAUUGGUUGUUUUUACUCUAUCGAAGAUCUAAAAAACAGUACAUAAAAAGAUCUUCUUCUUCAUCAGUCAGUCAGAAUCGGGAUGGGUAACUGUCACACACUUUUCACCGGACAACCUGAUCCUAUUUCAACGGAAGAGCGUGUGAAAGUCUUCACGGUGGCGGAGCUGAAAAAAACAACUAAGGAUUUUAGUAAGGGGAUGGUAAAAGGAGAGCGCUUUGGCAGCCAUGUCAGGGGAUACAUCAACCCCAAGACAUUAUCCCCAGCCAAAGAAGGGGUUGGCAUGGCCGUAGCGGUUAAGAGAUUUUACAUGUUCAAGGAUCUUGAUCAAGAUUUGCAAGAUUGGCUUAUUGACCUAGAGUUUCUACGACGUAACUCUCAUCCGAGCUUGGUGAAGCUCAUUGGCUAUGGUUCGGAUCGUCGUACGUUGUUCAUUGUCGCUGAAUACUUUCCAAUCGGAAGCCUAGAAAAUCACAUCUAUAGAGAGACUCGUCCAAAGCCGUUGUCCUGGGAGACGCGACUUAACAUAUCCAUAGGAGUGGCUCAGUGUCUUGCUUUCUUGCACUCUUGGAAGAAAACCAGUCUUUCUCGCCGAUAUCUCACCGCUUCUAAAAUCCUGCUCGAUUUGGAGUUCAACGCAAGAGUUUCCUAU